AUGGGACCCGCUGGGAUGCUGAAGCGGGCGCCGAAGGGCGGUGAACACAAGCGACCAAUCCGAGGCAAGCGCUUCCGCCCAUAUCACCCUGUAUGGAAAGCCUUUUGUGUGGCUAGUGGUCUAUGGUUUCCGAUAUGGCUCUUCAAACUAGUCAAGGGCAAGAAACAGGAGAAAUCAACCGGUUCCUACGCCAAGAUUGAUGAAGGUCACUCUUCGAACAACACCUCAUGGUACGGUGCUCCUCCAGGACCUGUAAACGCACCAUAUACCGAGGGCGGCACGGGCUAUGUGCAACCUGCCGGAACCGCUGGUGCUAAAUAUGAGCCCAUGGGCUACGCUGGCGGAGCCUCAACUGCUAGGUCCGAUGCCGAAGGAAACUACUUGAGCUCAGUCUACGCACAACCUGUCAUCAUCGGCCCUAUUGAGCAGACAAACGCAAUACCGUUACCUUCGCCAAGCCCCAGCCCAGCUCCCAGUAUGGUGAGUACGAUGACGGCUCCUCCACCGUAUGUCGGUAGAGCUGGGAAUGGGAGUGAUAUUUUCAAGCCUCCUCCCUCCCAUCCAAGGGCCACGGGAGAAACGGUUUGA